AUGGAAUUCUCGCAGCCACCACCGUCCGUAGAUGCCGCACCGUCGGUGCAACAUUUCGCCAAUCCGCCGCCCAUUAACCGUAUCCUUAGCUACCAGCAUCCACAGCCACCUAAGCAGCAGUUUAAUUUCUACCACCACAAACCGUACCAUCACUUCAAUGGCUUUCGCGGCGGUGGACCUAUGUCACAGGAUGACUUCGAUGGCAAGCGGCUCCGAAAGUCAGUUAUGCGUAAAACGGUGGACUACAAUGCUUCCAUCAUAAAGGCGCUUGAGUGUCGCACCUGGCAACGAGAUCAUCGGGACCGACGGGCCCUGCAGCCGGAAAGCAUCUACAUUCCCGAACUGUUGCCCCCGCCAAGCUACAUGGACAACCCGAGUAAUGCGGUCACGACGCGUUUCGUCAAGACGGCUACGAACAAGAUGCGUUGUCCGAUCUUCACUCUUGCCUGGACGCCGGAAGGACGCCGGUUAAUUACGGGCGCCAGUUCCGGCGAGUUUACCCUAUGGAACGGACUCAUGUUUAACUUCGAGACGAUUCUUCAGGCUCACGAUGUUUCGGUGCGAACGAUGGUUUGGUCACACAACGACAACUGGAUGGUGACGGGCGAUCACGGCGGAUACGUCAAAUACUGGCAAUCGAACAUGAACAACGUGAAGAUGUUCCAGGCACACAAGGAUCCGAUACGUGGAAUCAGUUUUAGUCCUUCGGAUGCAAAGUUUGCGAGCUGCAGCGAUGACGGUACGGUGCGGGUGUGGGAUUUCCUACGCUGCCAGGAAGAGCGUGUGUUGCGAGGCCACGGUGCGGACGUCAAGUGUGUCCAUUGGCAUCCACAGAAGGCACUGAUCGUAUCCGGUAGCAAAGACAACCAGCAACCGAUCAAGCUAUGGGAUCCAAAGUGCGGUCAAGCGCUUGCUACACUACACGCACACAAAUCGACGGUGAUGGAUUUGAAGUGGAACGAUAAUGGGAACUGGCUUGUAACGGCUUCCCGGGAUCAUCUGUUGAAGCUUUUCGAUCUGCGAAAUCUCAGCGAAGAGGUGCAGGUGUUUCGUGGCCACAAAAAGGAAGCGAGUGCAGUGUCGUGGCAUCCGAUCCACGAGGGAUUGUUUGCUUCGGGUGGUUCGGAUGGGUCGAUCCUCUUCUGGAAUGUUGGUACGGACAAAGAGGUUGGCAGCAUCGAUAUGGCACAUGAUAGCAUCGUCUGGACGUUGGCCUGGCAUCCGCUUGGACACAUACUAUGCUCGGGAUCAAACGAUCACACGGUAAAGUUCUGGACACGCAACCGGCCCGGCGAUCAGAUGCGCGACAAGUACAAUCUCAACACACUGCCCGCCAGCCUGGCCGGAUUGGAUGAGUGCGAGCUGGAAGAGCACAUCGUCAUACCGGGCAUGGGACCGGAGGAUAAAGUGGACAUUGUGGAAAGCAUUGCGACGAAGGAGGCGGGUCCGAUUCCGGGGCUGGAUUUGAAUCAGGGCAGUUUCAAUGAUAAAAUGCGCGAAAAGAAGAUACCGUACAGUAAGCCGAUUCCGCGCAACUUCCAGGCGCAGUGGAACGAAUCGAGCAAGCUGGACGAUCAUGCUACGACGGCGGAAGAAAUCAAGGAGGUGAUCUCGCAGAUCGUUGACAAUGGGCCAACGGCACUGAAGAAACCGCUCCCGACCGCUAUAUCGCUUUACGAGCGUACGAUUGCGGUUAUGCCGGACAGCCCACUGGAGCAAGCUAUCAGUGAAGGUACGGAAGCGCUCAAUCGAUUUAUCGAGCAGGGAGGCAUUCCUGAGCUGCAUGACAUAUUCCCACCGAUCGCCGAACCGGACACGAACGGGGAUGAUGGAGAGCAACCUCCCAAACCACCAGCUAAACGUGCGCGGGUAGAUGUAGAACCAAAGUUCUUUUACGGUCCACUACCGUACAUUGUGGAUCCGACGGAGCAAUCGCGUGAUUCGAUCCACUCGGUCGACGAUUCGGCAGGAUCACGAUCGAAGGACGAUCCUACGUUCGAUCCGAAGCUUCCAUCGCUGCUGCAGCUUGAUGUUAAUCCACCGAUUACGGUGGAGUUCAAUACGAGUGAUCCGGUCGACAUUCGGAACAGCUGGAGGGGACGGGAAAAGCAUCGCGAAAAGCGUAAUCUCGAGGAGGAUAAAAAGAUCUGGAAAGAGUACAACGAUCGUAACUGGGACGAGGAGGACAAUGAUGAUUCGGUGAUGAUCGUCGAACCACCCGCAUCGUCGUCGGCAAUGCGAUCCGACACGCCGCUUAGUCAAAACACCAACAGUAACGGGCAGUGGAUGCCGGAGUAUGACAAUGACCUACCACCAGGUCCACCGCCCGGUAUGCACGGUAUGGCACCGUGGCAGAUGCCGAACAAUGGCAAUACUGGUGGUGGUGGCGGUGGAAAUCACCAUCCCGGCGGGAUGCCACCGUUCGGAGGAUUCGGGGAUGAUGAUGCAUUUAAUCUGCAGCGACCGCCACCACCGAUUCCGGGUGGACCACCGCCACCAUUUGGUAAUCUUAAUCCGAACCCGUUCGCCAUGAUGGGUGGUCAGAAUGAGGACGAUGGAGGCUUUCCAAACAACAACCAUAAUGCCGGUGGUAAUCAUAGGAAUGAAUUUAAUCGGAAUGACGAUUGGAUGCGCAACGAUGGCGGUGUAAACCAUCGGGGUGGUAAUCAUAGAAAUCGGGGUGCCGGUGGUGGUAGAGACUUUCGGGACGAUCGGGGUGGCGGUGGUGGUGGUCGAAGGGAUCGUGGUUUUGGAAGACGAAGAAAUUAG